AUGGACAGCGAUUCAGACGGCGAGGCUGAGUGCCCUUUGUGCAUGGAGCCGUUGGAGCUCGAUGACCAGCGCUUCUACCCGUGUCCCUGUGGCUAUCAAAUUUGUCGUUUCUGUUGGCACAAGAUCCGCACGGAGAAGGAUGGCUUAUGCCCUGCGUGUCGGCAGGUGUACGCCGACGAGCCAGCAGAGUACCACCCUGUCUCCGCCGAGCAGAUCAGAAAGCUGAAGGAGGCCGAGAAGCAGCGCAAGCACGAGCAGCGGCAGAAGGAGAUUGAGAGCAGGAAGUCGCUCAUCAACAUCCGCGUUGUGCAGCGCAACCUUGUGUAUGCCAUCGGCAUCCCCCCUCGCCUAGCCGAAGAGUCCACGCUGAAGCGGUAUGAAUACUUUGGCAAGUUUGGCAAGAUCAUCAAGGUUGUCGUCAACAGGCAGCAUCCAUAUGGCGAGCCUGCUGACCACACGUACAGCGUCUACAUCACAUACGCAUCAAAUGACAUCCGCCUGCACGAGACGACGAUGGAUGACCGCGUGAUCCGCACGUAUCAUGGAACCACCAAGUACUGCAACAGCUUUCUUCGCCACCAGCCCUGCAACAAUCCUGACUGCAUGUAUCUGCACGAGCUUGGAAACAAGGCGGAUAGCUUCACCAAGGAGGAGAUGAACAUGGGCAAGCACGUUGCAGACGUCGCAUCACACCACCUCAAGCGCGGUGUCAAGGGCGGUACACGCGUGCUGCCAGGCGAUUUUCCCAGCCUGACCACCGUCAGCUCCCGUCUGCCUACGCGGAAGGCGAGCGCUGCAGCGCGCCAGGCCAAGUUGGCCGCGGCCGCAGCAGCCAAACAGCAACAGCAACAGCAACAGCAACAGCAACAGCAACAGCAACAGCAGCAACAGCAACAGCAACAACAGCAGCAGCCACCGCCGCCGCCGCCCACGGCUGUUGCGGCGCAGCAGGCGAAGCGGAACACAGCGGCGGGAACGAAGCAACCGGCAGCAGCCAAGUCUGGCAAACCAGCAGCAGCAGCGCAGGUUGCAGCGAAACAGCCGCAGGCCGCGGAGAAGAAGGCAGCGCCGCACAAAUCACAGAAACAGCCGUCGCAGCAGCAGCAGCAGCAGUCCGUGGGCAAAUCCAGCACACAACCGGACAAAUUGUCUUCACAGAGCGGUCUGCAACAACCCCAGCAGCAACACGCGUCCUCCAAACACACAACACAAACACAGCCACCGCCGCCACAAACACAGCCGUCCACACAAUCCAAGGCACACACACAACAGUCGCGCGCGCCUGCAAUAGCACAACAAGCAGCGCAGCAGCAGCCGUCACCUGCCCAAGCGUCUUCUCCGCAAAAGCAACACACACAACCCCCACCACAACAACAAAAACAACCUCCACAAACACAACCACCACAGCAACAGCAAACACAACCCCCACCACCACAACAACAGCAGCAACAACACAACCAGCAAGGGCCACCGCCAGCAUCACAGGCGAGCAGCUCUGUGACGUGGAGCCUGUCGAGCGGCCUGCCACCGCUGCAGAGCAUUCCCACGCCGCCGCUGCCAGCGCAAUCAGCAGCACCGUCCACAGCAGCAUCGGGCCCGGCGCCAGGGGCACCAGCGACGACGACGGCAGCUGGGGUGACGUGGACGCUGCCAUCACUGCCGCCCGCGUCGGACAUUUGGGGCAGCAGCAGCAGCAGCAGCAUCAUCGCGGCGACGGCGGCGUCCACAGCCACGGGCAACAGUGCGAUGGGACUGCCGCCGCUGCCGGGCAUUGGAUAUGGAGAGAUUCAGUCGACGCUGCCCUCACUUGAGGAGCUGCCCACGGACGACUUUGAACCCAUCACUCCGACAUACGCGCAGCUGUCGUCGGAGUUCCACUUCACGUCGCAGCCAGCGGCGCCCUCUGGGAAUCCUUGGCAGGUGGAUGCACCGGCUGCGACGACGGCCGCUUCGACACACCCCACUGAUGUGGCGGGCAGCUCCAUGUCCAUGUCGUGGCAGGAGCAGAUGCAGCUGCUCUUUCCAAACUCGUCCACACAUGCCGCCCCGGCUCACCACCAGCGGCAGCAGCACCCACAACACAUGCACCCGCACCACCACCAACAGCAGCAUGAAAGCCAGCACCAUCACCACCACACAUCCCACGCACACGACCCUGCAAUGCACGCAUUCAUUGACCCAGCGCUGUCGCCCAGCUACGGCCACGAUGUAGGGGAGGACCAGGCAUCGUGGCAUGCGCCCCUCCCACCACUGCCGUCACACCACCAACUGCAGCAGCAGCACACUGCGAGCAGGCACGAUGGCAGCGCCACAUCGGCGUCAUCAGCAUCAUCGUGGGGCAUGCCCCAAAUGGGAUCACAGCAGCAGCAGCGGGUGUCUGGUGGGUCUUCAUCGGGCACCAACGCGCUGCAGGAGCUGUUUCCAAACCUGCACAUCAAACCACAGCAGACACAGCAGCAGACACAGCAACAUAUCCAGGCGACAUCGCAGUCACAGUCAGGCUACUUUGUUAAUCAACCCCCGCCAUCGGGGCAGCUGUUUGCGCCACCAGGGCUGGAGCCCAACUACGAGGACACACACACAGGCCAUUCUCAGCCGCCCUCACAAUCAACACAGCACCGAGGAGGCGAAGCAAGUUGA